GUGCUGCUGUCGUUUCCCGAGCAGUGUUGUGUCCAAGCAUCUCGCAGGAUGCGGUUCAUAGGGAGUACCUGAAAACGGAGCAUAAAGAGAGUCAACUUCUGUUACCACCGUGCUGGUAAAAACUUCUGAUGGGAAGGAAAAAGUCCCUUCUUUAUGCCACUCUGAGGAAAACGAGCAACAUGGUAGAGUGGUGUUUACCCCAAGAUAUUGACUUGGAAGGUGUGGAGUUCAAAUCCAUGGCAAGCGGGUCCCACAAAAUCCAGUCAGACUUCAUUUAUUUCCGGAAAGGGCUCUGUUUUGGCUUGGCCUGCUUUGCCAACAUGCCCGUGGAGAGUGAGUUAGAGCGUGGUGCCCGCAUGAAGUCUGUGGGGAUUCUCUCACCCUCUUAUACCCUGCUGUAUAGGUACAUGCAUUUCCUGGAAAACCAGGUCAGACACCAGUUGGAGAUGCCAGGGCACUACUCCCAUCUAGAGGCAUUCUAUGAUGACAAGAAAGGAGUCCUCCCUGCUGGCAAGGACACCCCCACCUCUCAGCAACCUGUCCACUGGCUGCCGUCCAUCCACAGAUACAUGUAUCCGGAGAUGAAGAUCACACAUCCUGCUGGCUGUAUGUCUCAGUUCAUCAAAUUCUUUGGUGAGCAGAUCCUUGUCCUCUGGAAGUUUGCCCUGCUGCGCAAGCGCAUAUUGAUAUUUUCACCACCCCCAGUUGGAGUUGUCUGCUAUAGAGUGUACUGCUGCUGUUGCCUUGCCAACGUUUCUCUACCUGGUCUUGGAGGAACUGUACCAGAGUCCAAACCAUUCUUCUAUGUGAAUGUGGCAGACAUAGAAAUGCUGGAGACAGAAGUGUCAUAUGUGGCCUGUACAACAGAAAAGAUCUUUGAGGAGAAACGGGAUCUCUAUGAUGUCUAUGUGGACAACCAGAAUGUGAAGACGUAUCAUGAGCAUCUGCAACCACUCCUGAAAAUUAACAGUGCUGAUAAGGAGAAGUAUCGACGGCUCAAUGACCAGAGGCAGCUGUUAAUGUAUUCUCAAGAAGUUGGCGAAGACUGUAGCUCCUGUGAAGAGGACCUCUUCAUCUUGUUUUUCAUGGAACAGAACAACCGGAUAUUUCAGACACUGAUGGAGGUGUCAGCCAGCCAGGACAAGACAUUGACAGCUGAGCAUGCACGGGGCAUGGGCCUGGAUCCCCAAGGGGACCGAAGUUUCCUUAUGGACCUGCUGGAAGUAUAUGGCAUUGAUGUUAUGCUAGUCAUUGACAACCCCUGCUGCACUUAGACCAACGGCAAAAGAGAUGGAGAGCAGACAGGGCGUUUUAAAGACUACCAGACAUUGCUUAGGAAUGUCACUGGAACUCACCACAGCCACUGGACGGAUCUCAUUUUAUUUAAUAACUUUAUACAAAAGUAUUUAUGAUUUUAAAACAAAAUGUGAUUUUUAUUUUCUUCCCUUCAAAUUCCCCAAGGAGUAACUGCUCCUGUUUGUUUUUGUUUUCAUCUCCCUUUCCUUUUCACUUGUGGUUUUUUGUUUUGUUUACGUAGGACCAGUGGCACCUUUGCACCAAUCCUCACUGUUGCCAGUGAUAGCUAGAUUUUGGAUGCCUGAGGGCUGAAGACUUCAGGAAAGCACUUUGUCUGAUAGGAUCCAAUGUGAAAUGCUGUAACUGAGCUCUUAAGACUUGACUGGCAAUUCUGCUUCCACUUAUUCUUCACCCUUAUAUCUGGGGACUGAAGAGAGCUUCAGCACAGGCUGGUAGUGGCCCAGUCUCAUAAAGCAUUGCCUGUUCCACCAGUAAACAUGGUGGGACAGUUAAACCAAUGAUAACAGAACUGGACUCCUUAAACAUUCCUUACCCAACUUUUAGCAGCUGAGCUGGAAUAAAGCCACUCUUUCUCUUCAGUGGCAAAAACAAGUUUGGGGGAAGAGAAUGCUAUGAGAGCUUACAACUUUGCUUACCGGAGAGGCAUAGUUUCACUUCCAGCAUCUGAGGUGGUAAAAACUGGCAAAGACUACACCCAUCUCAUAGCUGGUGAAGAGCACCAUCUCUACUUAAUCCCUCCUUCCACUUCCUCUGGUUUUCAGUUGCAUUAAACCUGCUGCUUUGGUUAAGAUCUUCAAACCAGCAAGACAGAUGCCCAUUGACCAGGCACCAACUUCACUGAGACACUGUGCAGUUGUUAUGCUUGCCAGCCUCUGUUCAGAAGGUGCUGGACAGGAUUGGGUUGGAGCGUAUGCGCUAAUAUCACAGUAGCAGCCAGUACUUGUCACUUCUUUGCUUUAACACUGUCUGCUGCUCCUCCUUUGUCAAGCAGCCUUCAUCACUGCCUGCUGCUGUCUUCAUUUUUCAGUGUGGAGUAGAGAGCAGUCUGUGACCUUUCAGCUGCGGAUCUGGAAUGGCUUUAUUGUUUGCAGGAGUUCCCUAGGAGUUUGGCUCAGCUGGAAGAAGCAAUGUCUAACAGUAAGGCUUUUUUCCUGGGCAGAGAAACUGUAGAACCAAGUGAAUAGGAUUUCUUAUUCUUCUGUUUGGGGGGGGAGGGGGGAAAUGGAGGGAAUGGAAUUCAGUUCAUGCAUGGCCAAAAGUUUCCCUCCAGAAAGCCUGUGCCUGCAAAGGGUGUACCCUUAGCCAUCCUUAAUCUAAGGAUGGGACUGUAGGUUGUGGGUGUGACUUGCUGCAGCCAGUAGUAGCAUCAGCUCUAAACUAACAGUUCAUCCUGGACUGUAGCUUUAGCUUCUUAGCUGCUGCUUCUGCCAUGCCUGAUGUCAGCACCUAGGAGCCUUUCUGCAGUUUGUGGAAAUGCAGCCUGUAGUAUAUCCAUUUAUUCUAACAUUUUAUAGGACAAGAGAGCACCCAAACCACUUAAGUUUCACCCACUAAUUGUUUUAACACACAUUAAGCAAAUGUUCUUCAACCAGACCCUCUGUGGACUGUCUUCCUCUGGAAGGAAAGAGGUUAGCAGAGCCUGUUUUUUUUCCUUGAAGACUAGCUAUCUGCAGCAAAGGUGUAGUUUUGCUUACCGUGGGUUCAGGGGGUUUUAGAUAGGUGUGGGAUCAGAGACCUCACAAGGCUCACUGCACAGUUCACCAGUACGAGCAUCAGUGUCUUACAGUGUUGUGAGCUGCCUGUCUCACUGAGCACUCUCCCCUGCCUGCUUUUUCAGGGUGCACAGAUUUUUUUUUUUCACAGGCGAAAACAUGCUGCUGCUUGUAUUGGCAGUUCCUUGCAGCAUAUUUAUCCUUAGAAGGUUGGGGGCGGGGGAGAAAAAGGGGAGCUGAACAACAUGAAAUGGAAAGAUCAGUCUUUUUUCCCUUGAGGAAAGGCUUUAUUUUUAAAUUGAUACCUCUCAUAUAAAAGUGACCCAUAAUCUCUGCGCUUUCUUCCUCCACUUUUUAGUUAACAUGUUGCCUGCAGUUAAGACUCCUGAGGAAGUAUGGCAGGCAAGGUGACUUCUUACUUAACUUCCUUUAGAUAUUAAAAAAGGAACUGGAAUUACUCUAGAAAUUCUUCCUCUCAUUGUUUAAUCUGUUUGCUACUUAGUUCAGCUGUGGUUAGCUGUUAAUGGCUUUUCUUCUCCUUCCUAUCAGUAAUUCUUCUGUUGAACUGAAUAGGAACAAACCUUUGUCUUUGAAGUUUUACAGCCCUCUGCAGCCUGAGUCUUUCUAACAAACUGCAUUAGAGCACUGUGUUCACAAGCUGUCAGAACAUCAGUUCUGUGAGAAAGCACUGCUAGAAACCAUCAGGUGGAAUCUCUCAAAAUUAUUACUUAAUGUUUAUUUAUCCUCUACUUUCCAGAAACUGUCAGUGGGGCCAGCAGCAAUUACUAGCAACUGCACAGGUGCAGAAGCAUCAAAGCAAGGAGAUUACUCUAGAAGUAGCAGCCAUGGCACAACUCAGCCUAUUUUGCUGUAGCCUAUUUUGAUUUCCUUUGUAAUUUUGUUCCUCUACAGCCUCUCUUGGAAGGUCACUGCUAGAAAAGUCAAGAAGUAUUCAGACAGAAAACAGAAUUUCGAGACCUCCCCUAUCUCCUAGCCCUUCUUUGUUUUGUCCUUUGCAACAUGAACUCUCCCUCUGCAUAGUCAUCUUAGACUAGAAUAGAUAUUGCUUUUAUUGCUGCUGCAUGUAGAAAGUCCUUGAUAAAUGGGUACAUAGCAUGAAUGGCUACAGCUUGGGCUGUUAAGGCUUGUUUAGCAGGCUUAUUUUUUUUUCCCUAGCCUUGGCACCAACAAUACUGAGCAUUCUCUCCCCCACAGCUGAUUCUUCUGGGUUCAUGAUAAAACAGUCAUGUUAAGUGUGAAUUUAAAAAAAAAAAAAAUCCCCUCCUUGGCACUUAAUAGCUGCUUUUUUUGAAUAUUAGCAGCUGCAAGGGAGUCAGUUAUUUGGUAUAUUUUGAUUUAAAGAGGAAGGAAAGGGUGGCACAAGGUAGGAUAUUGCUGAUUACUGCAAAAUCCUCUUCUCCAUUUGGAGUACUUUGCCUUUACAAGUGGUGCCUUUAAUUUCUUUAGUAUGUUGUCUCUAGGCAGUUGCUGGUGAUCAGAGCCUAGGCUGAAAGGUGGUUUACAAUAACCAUGUAUAUAUCCUGUGGCCUGGUAGACAGUCCAAUGUGUUCCUCUCUAAUAUUAAAGUAGUACUACAGCCAUUACAGGUUCUCAGUUUGUACCUGAUUGGAUUUAAACAAGAGAGCAACAGCUUCAGAGUAGCAUCUUAACCCAAAUUUGACUAGAAAUGUGUAAUCAAGUACUGAAUUAUUACUACUUGUACUAUUUUGAUUGGAAGGCAAAGCUCAGGAGAGUAAUGAAAGCUAGUUUUUUAAUCUGAACAAGGGACAUCCUUGAAUCAUGGGAAAGUCUUCCUACUACAAGGUUAGGCCAGGUUAGCCAGCUUGUCUAGUUAGAGUUGAGUACAACCAAGACUUGGAAUGGAUACUAGGUAGGGAGGCAUUUCAUUGAAUUCAAGUUCAUUUUUGUCUUAGAGACAUGCUAAUACCUUAUUUUCCCGC